CUUCUCAUUACCCAGCAUGCAGCGGGGGAUUUAACACCAAGAUGGCUGACACUAUGGAGGAGUAUGAAAAAGACGCUGGCUGCGUCCCGAUCCUGCACCCGGAGGAAAUAAAGUCUCAGGGUCAUUAUAAUCAUGGAUAUACCAGUGAAUCUGUUGGUCGGAAAAGUCACAUAGAUGACUACAGUACAUGGGAUAUCGUUAAAGCCACACAGUAUGGAAUCUAUGAGCGCUGCAGAGAGCUGGUGGAAGCAGGCUAUGAUGUGCGACAGCCUGACAAAGAGAAUGUUACUCUGCUUCACUGGGCUGCCAUCAAUAAUAGGAUAGAUCUGGUGAAGUUCUACAUAUCAAAAGGUGCUGUAGUAGACCAACUUGGAGGGGAUUUAAAUUCGACUCCUCUGCAUUGGGCAACAAGACAGGGUCAUCUGUCUAUGGUUGUACAGCUGAUGAAGUAUGGUGCUGACCCCUCGUUGAUCGAUGGAGAAGGCUGUAGUUGUAUUCACUUAGCUGCUCAGUUUGGACAUACGUCGAUUGUUGCAUAUCUCAUAGCUAAGGGACAGGAUGUUGAUAUGAUGGAUCAAAAUGGAAUGACUCCCUUAAUGUGGGCAGCUUACAGGACACACAGUGUGGAUCCCACUAGAUUACUCCUUACUUUUAAUGUGUCUGUCAAUCUUGGGGAUAAAUACCAUAAAAACACUGCAUUACACUGGGCUGUUUUGGCUGGAAACACUACAGUCAUCAGUUUGCUUCUAGAUGCUGGUGCCAAUGUAGAUGCUCAGAAUAUAAAGGGAGAGUCACCACUCGAUUUAGCAAAGCAAAGAAAAAAUGUUUGGAUGAUCAACCAUUUACAAGAGGCAAGGCAAGCCAAAGGCUACGACAAUCCCUCGUUCCUCAAAAAGUUAAAGGCAGAUAAGGAGUUUCGGCAAAAGGUGAUGCUCGGAACACCGUUCUUAGUGAUUUGGCUGGUUGGUUUUAUAGCCGAUCUUGACAUUGAUUCCUGGUUAAUUAAAGGUCUCAUGUACGGUGGAGUUUGGGCAAUGGUGCAAUUUUUAUCAAAGUCUUUCUUUGAUCACUCAAUGCAUAGUGCACUUCCUCUGGGGAUUUACCUGGCAACCAAGUUCUGGAUGUAUGUCACAUGGUUCUUCUGGUUUUGGAAUGAUUUAAACUUUGUGUACAUUCAUCUUCCCUUCCUGGCUAAUAGUGUAGCCUUGUUCUACAAUUUUGGCAAAUCUUGGAAAUCUGAUCCUGGAAUUAUCAAAGCCACAGAGGAACAAAAGAAAAAGACAAUAGUAGAGCUUGCUGAAACUGGCAGUCUGGAUCUAAGCAUAUUCUGCAGUACUUGUUUGAUAAGGAAGCCAGUGAGGUCUAAGCAUUGCGGCAUUUGUAAUCGCUGUAUAGCAAAAUUUGACCACCAUUGUCCUUGGGUCGGUAACUGUGUAGGUGCAGGAAACCAUCGCUAUUUCAUGGGAUACUUAUUUUUCCUUCUCUGCAUGAUCUGCUGGAUGAUCUAUGGCUGUAUUUCCUAUUGGGGAAUACACUGUGAAACAACGUACAGCAAGGACGGCUUCUGGACAUAUGUUACCCAAAUUGCUACCUGCUCCCCAUGGAUGUUCUGGAUGUUCCUUAACAGUGUGUUUCAUUUAAUGUGGGUGGCUGUGUUACUGAUGUGUCAGAUGUACCAGAUAUCUUGCUUAGGCAUUACAACAAACGAACGGAUGAACGCCAGGAGAUAUAAACACUUCAAAGUCACAACCACAUCCAUCGAAAGCCCUUUCAACCAUGGAUGUAUCAGAAAUAUCAUAGACUUCUUUGAGUUCAGAUGCUGUGGCCUCUUCCGCCCUGUUGCUGUGGACUGGACAAGGCAGUACACAAUAGAGUAUGACCAAACAUCAGGCUCAGGUUACCAGCUGGUGUAGUUUCCACAUAUGCGCUACAUUGCCCCAUCUGGUUGGUGCCUGAAAAUGUCUACUUGUCUCUCGCGAAAACUUGCCCCUUGAACUAUAGCAUGCUGUUUGUAGGGCUAUUGAAUCUUACAGUACCUUCUCUGUCAGCAUUUUAUCAACCACAGUGACCAUGGACAGGACCUUCUGCCCACACUGACGUAGAGGAAGAAGAUAUUUGGGAGAGGAUUUUAAGGAAUCCUUUGGAUUAUUUUGAACAAUCGUGAAUCAGAGAUUAUAAUUAAUUUUUAUUAUGAUUAUUUAUUUUGCACCGUUCACAACAAAGCAUGGCAUUGCUCUCUCAACAAGUCAGUCGUCUUCUGCUUGAACAAAACCCAUUGCCAUUUUUAUUUUUAAAUACGCCCAGCAGAGUAAUGCUUUGUAGUACACCAUCAUAAUCCCCCAAUGUGGCCUGGCUUGAGCUAAGAGUCUGUGGCAUUAUUAUUCCUGUAAUGUAAUCUCCCACAGUUGUGCUCUGUUAUUGUGUCGUUGAUAAUGUGAAUUUUGAUGCCAGGCUGAAGAAUCGUGAAUUUCCAUUGGCCUUUCAGCCUGUUGGGUUAAGUUGGUGAGACGGGCACAUGAGGAUAAUAACAACUGAAUGUAUGUUUCCUACAUUUUAUGACAGCUGUUCCUACCAUCUGUUUCUGCAUUGUGGAAAUCCAACGUAAAAUGUCCUUUUCUGCAGUAAAGCAGAUCUCCGCAGAUGCAUGCAAGUAGUGUUCUAUAGGAUCGUGAAGAAGCUCUCCAUAAUGAACCCCC